CAGACGCUGCCUCUUCUAUCCUCUGCCCGUUCACAUCAAUCAAGACCUCCAGAACAAAAAGCAACAUCUCUUUUAUUGUCCCCAUUUCUUUAUGUAACUGCAUCAUAAUACGCAGCCGAGCAAUCAAUCAAUCCACUGUUGGCUUCGCUUCUAAUCCAACCAACCAGCUAGCAAUGUCAAACUCUGAUUCAUCAUCAUCCUCCGUGGCUGCUCGUGGCCGGUUGGCCGUUCUCGCUGCUCACCUUGCUGCUGCGGUCUCGAUUUCUCCUGCCGUUUUGGAGCCCCAGUGUGUCUCCGCUCAUGUCUCUCCGCCGGGAAACUUACAGGGCACUCUCACUGUUAUUGAUGAGAGGACUGGUAAGAAGUAUCAAAUUCAGGUCUCUAAACAUGGCACCGUCAAAGCCUCUGAUUUCAAAAAGAUAUCAGCUGGAAAGGAUGACAAAGGUCUCAAGCUUUAUGAUCCAGGCUAUCUCAACACGGCUCCUGUUCAGUCAUCGAUUUCUUACAUCGAUGGUGAUGAGGGUAUCCUCAGAUAUAGAGGCUAUCCAAUAGAGGAGUUGGCUGAGAGUAGUACCUUUUUGGAAGUCUCCUAUCUCAUAAUGUAUGGGAACUUGCCAUCUGAAAAUCAGUUAGCAGAUUGGGAAUUUGCUAUUUCUCAGCAUUCAGCUGUACCACAGGGCAUUUUGGAUAUUAUACAGGCAAUGCCUCAUGAUGCACAUCCAAUGGGCGUGCUAGUUAGUGCAAUGAGUGCUCUUUCGAUCUUUCAUCCUGAUGCUAAUCCUGCUCUUAGAGGGCAAGAUCUUUAUAAGUCCAAACAAGUGAGAGACAAACAAAUUGCACGCAUUCUUGGGAAGGCACCAACUAUUGCGGCAGCAGCAUAUUUAAGGUUGGCUGGCAGGCCUCCAGUUCUGCCUUCCAACAACCUUUCUUAUGCAGAGAACUUCUUGUACAUGCUAGAUUCACUAGGUAAUCGAUCAUAUAAACCUAACACUCGACUUGCUCGAGUGCUAGAUAUACUUUUUAUACUGCAUGCAGAGCAUGAGAUGAAUUGCUCCACUGCAGCUGCUCGGCAUCUUGCAUCAAGUGGUGUUGAUGUAUACACUGCUCUUGCUGGGGCUGUUGGAGCAUUGUAUGGUCCUCUUCAUGGUGGAGCAAAUGAGGCUGUGCUUAAGAUGCUGAAUGAGAUUGGAACUGUUGAGAACAUUCCAGAUUUCAUCGAGGGGGUGAAAAACAGAAAGCGAAAGAUGUCGGGUUUUGGACAUCGGGUAUACAAAAACUAUGAUCCUAGAGCAAAAGUCAUUAAGAAGCUAGCAGAGGAAGUAUUUUCUAUUGUCGGUCGAGAUCCUCUUAUUGAGGUGGCAGUUGCUUUGGAGAAGGCUGCACUAUCUGAUGAGUAUUUUGUUAAGAGGAAGCUAUAUCCAAAUGUGGAUUUCUACUCUGGAUUAAUAUAUAGAGCAAUGGGAUUUCCAACGGAGUUCUUUCCUGUUUUAUUUGCAAUUCCUCGAAUGGCUGGGUACUUAGCACACUGGCGAGAGUCACUGGAUGAUCCUGAUACAAAGAUAAUGAGACCACAACAGGUGUACAUUGGGGCAUGGCUGCGACAUUAUAUGCCGCUCAAAGAACGGAUGGACAAGAGCGAAGCAGAUAGGCUAGGUCAGGUUUCUGUUUCAAAUGCCUCCAGGCGACGACUUGCUGGAUCUGGGAUUUAGGCUCUCCGUCAAUGCAUUUAAUAUUUCAAUCUGUGAAAGGGAGGUGGAUAAUAAUAAUAACUAUAAUAAUAAAUAACAGUGAAAAACAUAAGGAUGAAUAAAUGCAACUUUCCUAAAUUUUUUUCGCCUGAAAAUAAUUAGGCUUUUGUUGGAAGCACAACUGUCAACGAUUUGCUGUGUCUUUGUAUUCAGAAACAAAUUUCAUUUUUAUAUUUUUGUAAUUCUUAGCUUGAACCGUGUAAUGUUUGAAUUUAAUGCAUUUUAUUUGAUUUGAUCU